AAGCGUUCACUACAACAUAAAUAGCACUGAUAAGCAUGGGAAACGAUGACGUUGUACCUUUAUCAAGCAGAUAACGAAAUUUCAAGGGUCAAUUUUUCGUUUUGUGUGGAGGCUACUUUUUGCUGAAAGGGAGAAAAUAUACUUUCACUAGGUCGGCAGGAAUGUUAAGAUUACCUUGACCUUAAGUAUCGUGUUCAAUGAGGUGAACUACAUCUAGCCUUGCCACACUAGUGGAAUGCAAUUGAAAUUUUUCUGCAACCAUUAUCGACAUGUUUUCAGUUGUGUUGGACGAAAUUUGCGUCCUCUUGGACUCUUAUAAGGGUAGAGAUAAAAUCCUACGGACACUAUGUUACAGCACAAAGUUGAUUGGUGGGGCCAGUUCCAACAAGCUUCUGACCGAAAAGAUGCUAAAAUUUAGCAAGAUUAUGUCAGCCACACGAACUACUCUCAGACUUUUAGAUGAUUUUCCAAUGUUGAAGUACAACUUAGAGUAUGGUUUUGGAAAAGAGGAACCUGAUAAAUUGAUGGCGGCACUUGGAGUCACCACAAAUAUCAUCGACCAGUUGUACUACCCUGUGGAAAAAGUUGGCUGGCUUGCAGAAAAUAAUUUGAUUAGUGGGGUAGACACAAACAAAUGGGACACCAUAAGUUCCAUAUUCUGGGUGGCGUCGAUUUACUUAACCCUGAUGAGGAGUUUACACUUUGUUGCCGUCCUACAAAAACACAAGCACUGUGUUACGUUAAAGAACGACGAAAACACGUCCUUGGAACAACUUCUUUCAAGACAACACUACGAAAUUCUGACGUGUGUCCGUUUAAGUCUGGAUUUCGUCCACGCCGUGAACACCCUUCCCAAGGGAUUCCUCUGGUCGUCCAAACUGAACACCUGGCAGGUCGGUCUUAUAGCUACUAUGUCAUCAGUUCUAGGGAUAUAUCAGAUUUACGCUAAGAAAAAAUUGUAAAUAUUGUUGUUUUAUUAAUAAAUAAAGUAAGCGGGGUACAAAAACACGGUUAAACCCAA